UUGUUACGUUUGGUAACUCCGAUCUAACGAAAACAAUAAAAUGGCGGCCAGAGGAACUUCCUGAAUCGCCCCCUACCAAAAAACAAAACAUUCCACCUUUAUAUAUUGACCAAAUUUAAUUUAACUAUCUGACAUUCGGGCGAAGAAGAUGGAAAGCAAAAAAUCCAGACCAAAGCUCAUUCGGAUGGCGAGCAGGGAACAGGAGACACAGACAGACAUGCGAACUUCUGGCACAGGACAGGACAUGGAGGAACACCUGUCAGCAGAGACUGAGACUAACCUGGCGGGGUCUCUGUCCCCCCCACGGAACAACGUGCUCUCUCCCACCCGCUCGUCCUUCCCGAAGCAUGUCCAUACAGUCAUGGACGACAAGUUCAAGGAGAUCGCCAACGACCUGUUCCAGCGCAGUCGCCAUGAGUCGGAGAGCUUCCACCCGGACCUCACGGCGCCGUACGAGUACCCCGACCAGUGUCCUCUGGAGUCGGAGGACGAGAAAAAGAAGCGACUGGAGCGACAGAUGAGCCAGUGCAACGAUGUUAAGAUUAAGUUUAAGGGUUUGGACGGAAGGUACGACAAUAAUGACAGGGAAGCUAGAACUACCCGCAAACUGAAACUCAAAGAUUUACAAGAGCACCAACAGAAUGUGAAAUCCCCGACGUUCUUUGGGACCACCUUGACACCUGCAGAGUUCACAAAGGAAGAGGAGGAGGUGUUGGGACAGUUCCAGAGAGUGUCCAUCACUGGGGAUGAAACCACUGGGGUUCCCCUGAGUGAUGUCCAGCAGGCUGCCACAUCCUUGACUGCGGCUCUGUACAUCCGUAAGAAGUACAUGGACACGGCCAUGCAGUCCUUCCCCUUCACCACCGAGCGCUACCUGCGCAUGUCGGAGACUGGAGAGACACCGGUUAUGGAUGGAGGGUGCAAGCCUGAGCAGGACAUAGAGCGAGAGGACACAUUGGAGGCCAGUUCCCCAGUGUGUGGACAAGACCCCUGGGCUAACCCCACCCUGCCUGAGUCCCUGGGUUACGAGGUGAAGAUGGUGGAUGGGGUGGUUCAUGUGUACGAUAACCUUGAUGCCAUGAGAGCUGACGAGCCCAUUGAGCUGCCCUAUCCUGACCUGGCUUCCUUCAUCGCUGAUAUGAACAUGCUGUAUGCCCUGAUAGCUGAUGGGCCCAUAAAGUCGUUCUGCUACCGGCGGCUGAGUUACCUGUCGUCCAAAUUCCAGCUGCACGUGCUGCUAAAUGAGAUGAAUGAGCUGGUGGCUCAGAAGGAGGUGCCACACAGGGACUUCUACAACAUCAGGAAGGUGGACACUCACAUCCAUGCAGCCUCCUGUAUGAACCAGAAACACCUGCUGCGUUUUAUCAAGAGUAAGCUCAGGAAGCACGCUGACGAGGUGGUCAUCAAGAAUGGAGGCAAGGAACAGACCCUGAAAGAGGUGUUUGAGGACCUGAACCUAACAGCCUAUGAGCUGAAUGUGGACUCCCUGGAUGUCCAUGCGGACCGUAACACAUUCCACCGGUUUGACAAGUUCAACCACAAGUACAACCCCAUGGGACAGAGCAUGCUCAGGGAGAUAUUCCUCAAGACUGACAACUACAUGGAUGGAAAAUACUUCGCUGAACUUAUGAAGGAAGUAAUGGAGGACCUGGAGGAGAGUAAGUACCAGUUUGCUGAGCUGCGUCUGUCCAUCUACGGCCGGUCCAUGGACGAGUGGGACAAGCUGGCAAAAUGGGCGGUCAAGCACAACGUCUACUCCGACAACGUUCGCUGGCUCAUCCAGAUCCCGCGGCUCUAUGAUGUGUACAGGAGUAAGGGCACCCUCAGUAACUUCGAGGAGGUACUACAGAACAUCUACAUGCCGCUGAUCGAAGCCACUGUCAACCCACAGAGCCACCCAGAACUUCACGCCUUCCUGAAAUAUGUGACAGGGUUUGACAGUGUAGAUGAUGAGUCCAAGCCAGAGAGACACAUGUUCACCAUGGACAGUCCCCUGCCUGCAGAGUGGACUGAUGAGGAGAACCCGCCGUAUUCUUACUACCUCUACUACAUGUACGCCAACAUGGUCAUCCUCAACCACCUACGGAGGGAGCGGGGUAUGAACAUAUUUGUGCUGCGGCCACAUUGUGGAGAGGCGGGGCCUGUGCAUCAUCUGGUGUCUGCCUUCAUGGUGGCAGAGAACAUCUCACAUGGCCUGCUGCUCAGAAAGGUUCCAGUCCUACAGUACCUGUACUAUCUGGCCCAGAUCGGCAUUGCCAUGUCACCACUCAGUAACAACCACCUGUCCCUGGACUAUCACCGCAACCCACUGCCGGACUAUAACGCCAGGGGCCUGGUCAUCUCCCUGUCUACUGAUGACCCCCUGCAGUUCCACUUCACAAAGGAAGCUCUAAUGGAGGAGUACAGCAUUGCUGCGCAGGUGUGGAAGUUCAGCACCUGUGACAUGUGUGAGCUGGCCAGGUCAUCUGUCCUGAUGAGCGGCUUCGACCACAAGUAUCAAAAAAGGAGUGCCACGGGAGAAAAUCAGCAGAUUUCGGCCAAGCAGCAUUGGUUAGGAGACAAUUACAGACAGGAGGGGCCGGCAGGAAACGACAUCAAGUGUACCAACGUGCCGUCCAUCCGCCUGGCUUACCGGUACGAGACACUGGUGGAGGAACUGAAGAUGAUCUGUACGGCAGCCUGGGAGUACCAGCAGGACAGCUCCAGCUCAGCAUCAGGAGAUGCACAAUAACUUACUAACUCACUCACACAGACAGGAAUUUGGAAAGAAAAAUCAAUUGUGGUGCAAUUCUGUAGACACAUGAUAGGGGGCGCUGCCUGCUUGAGAAAUCAUUGAUUAGAAAGACAGAUUAACAGGACACCAUUAGAUAUCCUAUAUAUAAGCUUAAUGAACUUUGCAAAUAACAUAUUUAUGGAUACCCCAAAAUUCUAGUAGAUUAUAUUGGGAGGUAGUUCAAAAUACACAUUGUACAGAAGGGAUUGAUUGUUAUUAACAAAUUGGUACUGUUACAUGUAGCCCAAUGGCUGGGAAAGGGGUACGAGUAAGCUGGUUUGCAUUUAGCAAAUUUUGAACUUGAAAGCAAUGAAGAAAAAACACUGUCCCUAAUAAUAUCCAUGGUGCUGCUGAGUUUGCAGGAGCUAGUGACAUUGAAUGAGAAUUGAUAUGUACAUGUAUGAACCUGACUUGAAUGGUUUAAAACGGUAACUGGGUGUAAAGAAUCUUUUCUGUAACAACGUUGAUGCAAGUCAGUAGAUCUGCAGGCAGAUGCUGCUUGUACUUUGCAAGCGGAACUGUGGAGUGUCGUCCUUCGAGAAGGAAAUGGCCAGAUUCGUGGCGGUCAGUCAGGGAGUGUGUUCGUGGCGGUAGACCAGGAAUACAGUCAAUAACAGAGAGUAUUUCUUGUGCUGAUGUUUGGGGGUAAAUGUACAUGUAAAGGACCUUGUCAUAAGUCCAACAAAGUAAUAAAAGUGAUGUUGGCAUUGUUUUAAGGUUCUGGCUGCAAAUUUCAUACAAGCCAUUCAUUCUUUUAUGUAUUCAUUCAUUCAUUUUAUGUGGGUUUGAAAGAGCCUAUCUGAAAUGAUGCAUUACAGUCAUGGGAUAAUCUUAGAAGCAAACAAUACUCUCUGCUAUUGAAAGUAUGGUUGUGUGUAACUUGAGUGGCAUGUGACUUUUAGUGAGAAGUUUUUAUAGUAGUAUAUAAAGACUUGGGUAUCAUCUAUCAGACUGGUAGAUGAGGCCUACUGCCAACUUUUUGAAAUGACUUAGUAUGACAAAAAUAUUUAAAAAAUGAAGUGUUCUUGGGGAUUUUUCUCAUUUUCUGAAAUGAGUGCAUGAUUUUACAUGGAAUCAUAAUGCUCAAGUUUGUUGUAACCAAGUGUUUAUGUUGGGUGAAAGCACGGUUUUCCUUUUGAGUUGAUGGGAUCUUAAUUGACAUGUAUGAGGACUUAUGUGAACAUUGUUAUUUAGAUGUGAGCAAAAUUGUAACAACUUGGAUCUUUGCUCAUUUUUAGUAACAACAAGGACAAUGUCCUUGGUAACAAGUAGGUAUGGUGAUUUGUACUUAAACAUUUGUAUGUUCUGUACUUUUUUGAUUCUCAAAACGUUGUCUUUAUAUUUUGUGUCAUGCAAUCAUAAGUCAUUUAAGAAUCAAUUAUGAAAGCCAUGUGAAGUGUAUACUUGCAAUACUGUAGAGUGAAUGAUCGAGACUACAAAAAAUCAGAACAAAUGUCUAAGUAUGAUUUUCACUGUCAUGUUUUCAGAAGGAUGUUUCUGUCAAGUUUAUAUGUUGAGGUAACCACAUUUUUCCGUGGUUUACUCAUUGUUUUAUUUAUUCAAAAUUAUAAUAUUAUCACCCUUAACUGUAUGUGUAAUAAUCAUAUUUUAGUUUACAUUGCCUUUUUGCAGCAUACAUGUAGAAGAUAUUUACGAUAUCAUAAAGCUAAUGAAUAAUAAUUGAAAGGACAUGGCAUUUGUCUUUUUGUUUCAUGGUUUUGUUCACUGCUCUUUAAACUAUUAAAUGAGUUGUAUAUUGUGGAUAUGAAUUCUGCAUAAAACUGUGUUCCAGGCAACAGAAGUAAUCUUGAAUGGUCUAUAUAUAAUAUACAUGUAAUAAUAACAUAUGGGGUUAUCAUUAGGUCAGCAUACCUUACCUUAUUAAACUAGAGUUAGCACACUUUCGAUUGAAUUUGAUGAAUGUAUAAUUCUUUACGGUAUUAUAACCGUAUGUUGAAUGAUUCAUUGUGUAUGCAGACAUGUUUAAUACUGUGCAUAAUAUGUGUUUGUGUCUGAAUGCUAGUAAGUACAGUAUGUUACUACAUUGUACUUGUGCAAUCUGUAAUGUUGUACUGCUAGGUAUAUUGUUUUAUCACUCAAGAAGACUUUCAGCUCUGACAUAGACAUCAUUUUAAAAUUAAACCUGUUUAAAGUUAUCUUUCAAGUUUCAAUCCAGUAUGGAUUUUGCCAUCCUGGUGAUAGAAAUGGAAGAUUCUGCUGUUUUACUUUCUGACACCUGUAUACUAAACACUGUAUGUCUUUUUUUAAAAUUUCUGGACAUAUAUUGUGACUGCAAUGUUUUCAAAAUUAUGUUCCAGAUUAGAAUUCUGUAACCUAGUACAAGAAUGUAUUCACUAAUCAAGUCGUCAUAUUACUGUAGUGUUGUUACUUACUGGUGUUGUUUCUGCUGUGUAGGGUCUGUGGGAUUAGUUUGAUUUGUCACUAAUGUGUUUAUGUUUUUUUUUGCUGUCAGUGGCUUGUAUCACCCUAUCAGUUUAUAUCACUAUACAUUAACUACUGCUGGACCCCAGCCUCUCCCCUACAAAUGGAAUUAGUAUUUGCAUACCUGUCUUAACGAUGUGUUGGGUUUGAGAAUGAAAUGUCUAAAAGGCAUUGCUGUCAUACCAAAAGAAAGUUAUCAAGAUGAUGUAUUUGAUUAAAAAUAGAGCUGUACAAAGAGAGGUAUGCUAUAACUAAAUACUUUAUAUGUAACUAAAACUGGAUUAAAAAGUAAAUAAAGAGAUAGAAACUUUAAAAA